AUGGAUAACUCAGAACCAUCCUCGGCUCGGACCAAACGGUCAAAGAUAGCCUGCUCUGGUUGUCGGAUGCGCAAGGUCCGAUGCGAUGUCGCCCACCGGGGAACCCCAUGUACGAACUGCUUUCUGGACCACAAGGAGUGUGAGAUUGAAUUGGCAGCUCGGCGAAACAGGCGUUCAAAGCAGGGGAAGACGCACGCUGUCCUUGUCCCUGACCCACAGUCUGUCACACAGACUGAAACAGUGCAGGAUGAAACAGCCAACUCGCGAGAUCGAAUGGACCCUCCUCGAGAGCCAUGUCAGGAAGCUGCAAAGCCCGUGUCCUGUGAUGGGAGCCCAGCAGUAAAUACUCAUGUGCUGUCGGCAUUACUGCAACAGCAUUCGGAUCUAAUUGCAGACGAGGAAGAACCAGCGUGCGGGCCGGGGACCAGUGAUAUCAAUUUCGCUGUUUAUGGCUUCAUCUGUACGGACUUCCUGCUCACUAUUCAGCAAGCAGAUAUUAAAUAUCUCGAGGAUCAGGCAUGUCUUCGAGUUCCACGGCGUGAGUUGAUGGAUGAGAUGCUGAACCAGUACUUCCGACACAUUCACCCCUUACUACCUGUACUCAACGAGGCCGAGUUCUGGGCUAUAUAUCAUCCGGUCAAGUACUGA